CCUUGAUCCAGGUCUAAUUUGUCAUUUAUUCAUGCAGAGAUGUGCUUUUAAGAACAAAGUCAAUGAUAUGACACAAGCCAGAGAUUCAACUGUGCUCAAGCAAAUAUGACAUCUUCAGCUGAAGAUGCUUCAGUGCUGGAGAACACUCUAAAAGAAGAAAAGUUAGAAUCUGUGGCAUCAUCUUUGAAACAGGAGACUUCUGAAGAAGCAUCUCCACAUCAUCACCACCAUCAUCAUGCUGGUGGAGGAAGGAGGGGGAGACUCAAGUUUUUUCUUGGUGGAAGGGUCCUCUUGGAGCUGUCACAUUGUGAAUGUGGUGAUAAAGCCACUUGGGUUGAGGUAUCCAGGAAAACAUACUGGCCACCUGGCAUCACAAAUGGCCCCACACCUCCCUGUCCAACACCUGCCUCCUCACAUAAGCAUGAAAGCUCUGCCUCAGAUGCAUCUUCAGUUCAAUCCUCUUCCCCGUGGCUACGUGAUCAUCCAUGGAAACAAACAUGCCCAAGGAAGAACCUCAGCAAGGAAUUGAGUUUCUUCUUCAGAGCCUCACCUUCUCACAAGCAUAUCCGAACAAAAAUGGAGCAGAAUAUACUUCGGACUCCAUGGUGCAUUGUGAAAUGUGAAAAUGGUAAUGUGGAAAAUGGUGCUUCUCCUUCAUUGACAAUACGAGCACCUGCCAAGCGUAAGAACCUGGACAUGAUCAUUAAGGAACUGCGCUCUAGGCUCCGAAGGCUUGAUAUUGAUGGGUGCUCACUUUCAUCACCCUCAAAACCCAUGCUGGUAAGAGGGAAGAAUGUGUUCAUUGAACCUGGAGACCCAAGCUUGGUGUCUCCACGAAAACGGUUCUUGCGGGAUGCAGAACGCAAAUCCACAGGAAGUGCUCCAAGUAGCAAGUUGUCCAAGUGCCAAAUCAGCAGUGCCAAACCCACCAGUUACUCAAUAGAUUCAUUAUUGGGAAUAAACAAUAGUGGCAAUGAGUCCAGUUCAAGCAGUCAGAAGGAAAAGGACCCUGUGGACAUUUCAGGUUCUAAGCUUCGUUCAUUAUUGAUCCCUCAUGAGAGGAGGCUUCUGAAAGAUAAGAUUUGCAAUAGUGGUGCUUCUGAAAACAUGAGGAAUUCCUCCCCAUUGAGCAUGCCCAGUGCAAGUGACAAUCAUAUUUCAGUGUCUCAUCCUUUCCCUUCUUCACCCAACAGCAUUUUCCCCUUCCCAGCGUUUCAUCCAACAGGAUAUUGGCCAGCACUUUUCAGUGCUCCAGGACUCUUCCCAUUGGGUCCUUUCCCCCCUAUACCCAUGAAUCCAUAUGGGCUGUACAUGGGUGCUGCAGCUGCUGCUUCUCCUAAUUCUGAGUCUGUGAUCAGCCCUCAUGCUCUCAUCUCUCCCAGUGGGUCUUUUAUUCAAGAAUUCUCAAGUGAAAGCUCAAAUGAUCACCAAGCUAAGAUGUCUUGGAAGAACAGGAAUGGGCCAGGCCCAAUCCCACCUCGCUGGCUCAACUGCCCUCGGAAGUCUUCCAAUCUCAUUGGAGGGAAGUUCCUUGCCUUCAAGACACCCCUGGAUUCAAAGUUUGAUGAUCAAGUGCCAGAUGAAAGUCUCUUUUAUCCUGAAAUGGUGAUUCAGUCCAUGAAGAGUUACCAAGUGAGCAUUGGGUUGUGGAUUGACCUCACAAACACCACACGCUUCUAUAACCCUAAAUUCCUAGAAAACUUGGGAAUCAAAUACUGCAAGCUGGAAUGUCGAGGUCAUGGUGAGACCCCAUCUCCCGAUCAAACUAGAACUUUUAUUGAGGUCUGUGAUGCAUUCAUUAGGCAAAAUCCUCUGCUGGCAGUUGCUGUUCAUUGUACGCAUGGCUUCAAUCGUACAGGCUUCUUGAUCUCAUCCUAUCUCAUUGAGAAAUGUGACUGGGCUGUGGAUGCAGCUGUGACUACUUUUGCUGAAAACAGGCCUCCUGGUAUCUAUAAGGGAGACUACUUGCAGGAGCUGUUUCGUCGUUAUGCAGAUGUUGAGGAUGCUCCACCUGCCCCAGCCUUGCCAGACUGGUGCAUGGAAUUGGAUGAUGUAGAUGAUGAUGGUGACCAGGUGACAUGUGGCUCCUCUGACAAAGUUCCAGUGCGUAUGAAGAAGGCAGAGAUAGUGAAGAAGAAUCCAGAAUUCAUGGAAGGAGUUCCCGGAGUCACACCAGUGAUGAAUCGUGAAAAACUGGGUCACAUUCAGAGAAGAGUGCAGGAAAUGUGUGAAUGGAGAAGUCGGGGUUUUCCAGGAAGUCAGCCUGUGUCUAUGGACAGGCAAAAUAUCUCAUUUUUAUCAGCUGCUCCUUACAAGGUUUCCUGGAAGGCUGAUGGGACAAGAUACCUUAUGCUAAUAGAUGGUGCCCAAGAAAUUUAUUUUAUUGAUCGAGAUAACUGUGUGUUCCAUGUCAAGAUGUUAACCUUUCCCAAGAGGAAGGAACUGAAUCGACACAUUUCUGACACCCUCGUUGAUGGGGAAAUGGUGAUUGAUGAAGUGAAGGGCAAAAAGAUCCCCCGUUUUCUCAUAUACGACAUUAUCCGUUUCCAGGGGAACAAGGUAGGCCAGAUGGACUUCAAUGUAAGGCUGAUGUGUAUUAGACGUGAGAUAGUUGAACCAAGACAUGCUGCCAUGGCAUCAGGAGCAAUAGACAGAACCAAGGAACCUUUCAGUGUCCGACCAAAGGACUUUUAUGAUCUAGUGAAAGCCAGAAGUCUUCUUGGUCCAAAAUUCCGUAAAGAUCUGGCUCACCCACCAGAUGGUCUCAUCUUUCAACCUGUGAAUCAAGCAUAUAUAGCUGGGCGCUGUGAUUCAGUCUUGAAAUGGAAGCCGCCUUCCAUGAACUCGGUUGAUUUUCGGUUAAAAAUUGUGGAAGAAAAUCGAGAGGGAAUGCUGAAGAAGUCUCGAGGGCUGCUUUUUGUGGGGGGGUUGGAUACUCCAUUUGCUGAGAUGAAGGUAACCAGAGAUCUUCGGCAAUAUAACAAUAAGAUCAUUGAAUGCAAGUUUGAGAACCCACACUGGGUAUUUAUGAGAGAGAGGACUGACAAAUCCUUCCCAAAUGCUUAUGAGACAGCCAGUAGUGUGUGGGAAACCAUUCGUAACCCUGUGACUGAAGACUUUUUAUUGGAUUACAUUGAUGAAGCUGUUAUGCCUCCUCCUCCUGACUCAUUCAUAAUUCCUCCUCCAAAUGAUUCUACAUUGAAAGGGUUGAAGAGACCUGCAGAUCGAUCUGAAGAUGAGAUGCUUGCCAAGAGAGAGAGGAGAGAUGCUCAUUAA